CGCGCGGGCUCUGCCUCGCGCUCCUUCCCUUCCCCCCUCCUCCUCGCGCUCGCGCCGCUCUCGCGCUCCCUUUCCCCCCUCCCCCCUCCCUGUCAGUGCGGUGGCUGCGCUGGGAAACAUGGCGUCGGAGGGAAUGAUUUUAACCAACCACGACCAUCAAAUCCGCGUCGGGGUCCUCACAGUGAGCGACAGUUGCUUCAGGAACCUUGCUGAAGAUCGCAGUGGGAUAAACCUUAAAGAUCUGGUCCAAGACCCAUCUUUGUUGGGUGGGACUAUAUCUGCAUACAAGAUCGUGCCAGACGAAAUUGAAGAAAUCAAGGAGACACUGAUAGACUGGUGUGAUGAAAAGGAACUUAACUUGAUUUUGACAACUGGAGGAACAGGGUUUGCACCACGAGACGUCACUCCAGAGAAAUUCCCAACAUUCCCAUUUUGUGGGCUCCAGAGAGGGGCCACUAAAGAAGUAAUAGAGCGAGAGGCCCCAGGGAUGGCCCUGGCAAUGCUGAUGGGAUCACUUAAUGUUACUCCUCUGGGCAUGCUCUCUAGACCUGUAUGUGGAAUCAGAGGAAAAACUCUCAUAAUUAACCUGCCAGGCAGCAAGAAAGGGUCACAGGAAUGUUUUCAGUUUAUACUGCCAGCCCUACCUCAUGCCAUUGACCUUUUGCGGGAUGCCAUUGUAAAAGUAAAGGAGGUACACGACGAACUUGAAGACCUACCUUCACCGCCACCUCCUCUUUCUCCUCCUCCAACCACCAGCCCACACAAACAGACAGAAGACAAAGGUGUACAGUGCGAGGAAGAGGAGGAAGAGAAGAAGGAUAGUGGAGUAGCCUCAACAGAGGAUAGUUCCUCUUCACAUAUAACUGCUGCAGCCAUUGCAGCUAAGAAGCAUCCAUCCUACACCAGUUCUGCUGUUAUCAUGGCAAAAGGUGAACAGCCCAUCCCGGGUCUCAUCUGUUAUUCCCAUCACGCAGCAGGCAGUGCAGGAGAACCGAUUCCAGACUCCAUCAUUUCUCGUGGUGUUCAGGUGCUCCCACGAGACACAGCCUCCCUCAGCACUACCCCUUCAGAAUCUCCUCGUGCCCAGGCCACCUCUCGUCUCUCCACUGCGUCCUGCCCAACACCAAAACAAAUUAGACGGCCGGAUGAAAGCAAAGGAGUUGCUAGUAGAGUUGGAUCCCUCAAAGCUCGGCUCCCUUCGUGCUCAUCCACCUAUAGUGUUUCUGAGGUAUGUCCCAUAGAUGAGAGACAAGAUUAUCUGUGUUAUGGGAAAUCUGCAGUAAGGGUCCAGUCCAGGUGCAGCAGCAAGGAGAACAUCCUCAGAGCCAGUCACAGUGCCGUCGACAUUACCAAGGUGGCCAGAAGACAUCGCAUGUCUCCAUUCCCAUUGACAUCUAUGGACAAAGCCUUCAUCACAGUUCUGGAGAUGACCCCAGUGCUCGGAACAGAAAUCAUCAAUUACCGAGAUGGAAUGGGCCGAGUUCUUGCUCAAGACGUUUAUGCAAAAGACAACCUACCCCCCUUCCCAGCAUCGGUAAAAGAUGGAUAUGCUGUCAGAGCUGCUGAUGGCCCUGGGGAUCGAUUCAUCAUUGGGGAAUCCCAAGCUGGUGAGCAGCCAACUCAGACUGUGAUGCCUGGUCAGGUAAUGCGGGUUACAACAGGUGCUCCAAUCCCCUGUGGUGCUGAUGCUGUGGUGCAAGUAGAAGACACAGAACUCAUCAGGGAAUCAGAUGAUGGCACUGAAGAGCUAGAAGUACGAAUUCUGGUGCAGGCUCGACCAGGCCAAGAUAUCAGACCUAUAGGACAUGACAUUAAAAGAGGUGAAUGUGUGCUGGCUAAGGGAACCCACAUGGGUCCAUCGGAGAUUGGUCUCUUAGCAACUGUUGGGGUAACAGAAGUAGAAGUUAACAAAUUUCCAGUCGUUGCAGUCAUGUCAACAGGGAAUGAGUUGUUGAAUCCUGAGGAUGACCUCUUACCAGGAAAGAUCCGAGACAGUAACCGUUCAACUCUCCUAGCUACAAUUCAAGAACACGGCUACCCAACAAUCAACUUGGGAAUUGUGGGAGAUAAGAAGCCAGAUGCUUUUAAAGAAGAAGGGACACAGAGCUUCCAGAACACAGCGGAGACAGGCCUACCAGAUUGCCCAGAUGAUUUACUGAAUGCAUUGAAUGAGGGUAUCAGCCGUGCGGACGUUAUCAUCACAUCAGGAGGCGUGUCCAUGGGUGAAAAGGACUAUCUUAAACAGGUGCUGGACAUUGACCUUCAUGCACAGAUUCACUUUGGCAGAGUUUUUAUGAAACCAGGCCUGCCAACAACAUUUGCAACUUUGGAUAUUGAUGGUGUACGAAAAAUAAUCUUUGCACUGCCAGGAAAUCCUGUAUCAGCUGUUGUCACCUGCAAUCUCUUUGUUGUCCCAGCACUGAGGAAAAUGCAAGGCAUCCUGGAUCCUCGGCCCACCAUUAUCAAAGCCAGGUUAUCAUGUGAUGUAAAAUUGGAUCCUCGCCCAGAAUACCAUCGGUGCAUACUGACUUGGCAUCACCAAGAACCACUGCCUUGGGCACAGAGUACAGGGAAUCAGAUGAGCAGUCGUCUGAUGAGUAUGCGUAGUGCCAAUGGACUGUUGAUGCUACCUCCAAAGACAGAGCAGUACGUGGAGCUUCACAAGGGCGAGGUGGUGGACGUCAUGGUCAUCGGAAGGCUAUGAUGUCACCAGCAAGAGUGAAGCUUUGAUGCAUGUCCACAUAUCAUUGACUGUAUCCUGUAAUAUGCAACGGCACAGCUAGAUUUUCUGAAUUGGAUAAAGUUGAUCAGUAUAGUCAACAUCUUGAACUAUAUUUCAAAUGGAAUUUAAAUAAAUACCUUUUAAAAAAAACUUUAAAAAAACAAAUCUUAACAAAGAAAUUUAUUCUGAUUAUAUCAAAGCAACUUUUUCCUUUCUUGCAAUUGCUUUGUGUGUUCAAUGCUAGUUCUGAUAGCAGUAGCUUUUAGUAGACAGCAGUAGGUGCCUGCAGAACUUGUGUUUUUUCUCAUCUUUAAGAUACAACUACUUAUGCUCUUAAAACAAGGCUGUCUGCUUAUUUAUACUAGCGUAGACAACACUUGGAUUUCCCUUAUUAGUAUGCUUCAUAACUGCUUCACAGAGAGCUUCUGCUUGUUCUUUAUCUUGUAUCUCGUGUUGAUGUGCACAGUGCCAAAAGCAGAGUGGCUGCACUGGGAACCCGAUCAAGCCCCGAGGUUUCCCCCCUCGCUGCGCGUUCAGGGAUAUCUCUCGGCCCAGCAGCCACCUGGCUCAGUACUCUUGGGCAGUAACUGGAUACCUUUUAUUUGAACAAACAAAAAAAAUUGCUUCCUUAAGUGCUGACAGCCUUUUUAACCAAUACAUUUAAAGAUGUACAGAACUAAAAACUAAAAAAAAAAAAAUCAAAGACUGAUCUUGUACAGAUAUUAAUGUUACCAGCAUUCAUGUGGAAAUCAAAU